AUGGUUCAACUCGCAGCCCAUCUCCUGAGGGGUUCAACUGCGAGCUUCGUUCGCCUAGCCAGACACCAUGCUUUUCGUCGGCUUGCAUGGCGUUCCCAUACCCGGUGGCAGUCUGUUAUUGCUUCAGACGCCACCACAUCCAACGAUACAGAACAGCGACAGCACAACUUAGGCGUCCCUUCGCAAGCUCGUUUCAAUGACAUUGGCGUUCAACAUCUCAGCGACCAUGUAUACAAGCAAAUUUUCCCCGACGGCAACACCCCACCGCCUCUAGAGCUCGUUGAUCUCGCGAAAGACCACUUGCGCCGUCACGAUCUUCUUGGCAAGAAUACCGACAACAGCGACCCUAUCGCCUUCGAUCUUCCCCACCUUCAAGGCCGCACCUUGGACGAACACUUUUAUAAGCUGGCGGUAGAUUGUGCAGAGCCGUAUCUCUCUUUCGCUAAGCAGUUCGCCCGGGCAACGCCGCCCCCAAAGCCACGGAAAUGGGUUCGCCGGAGCGGGUGGACAAAGUAUUAUCCAGACGGCAAGACGGAAGCAGUAGACGCGCCCGACGAAUCGAUGUUGUGUUUUGAUACCGAGGUCAUGUGGAAGGAGAGUUCGUUCGCAGUUAUGGCUUGUGCCUCUAGCCCAACGGCUUGGUAUGCCUGGCUAUCGCCAUGGCUCCUGGGCGAAUCCGAGUCCGACCGGCACCUUAUUCCUCUUGGAGACCCGUCGAAAGAGCGUGUGAUAGUAGGACACAACAUCGGAUAUGACCGAGCAAGGAUACUAGAAGAGUACGAUGUGAAGCAGACCCGGAACCAGUUCUUGGAUACCAUGUCGCUUCACGUGGCUGUCAACGGCAUGUGCUCGCAGCAGAGACCAACCUGGAUGAAGCACAAAAAGAAUCGGGAGCUACGAGAGAAGGUUACAAGCCAGACAGAUGAUGUGCAACUCGCUGAGCUUCUGAGCCAUAGCGCACGGCAGGAAGAAGCCGAAUUGUGGGUUGAACGAAGCUCGGUCAACUCGCUGAGGGACGUUGCCAAGUUUCAUCUCGACGUCACAAUCGACAAGGCUGUCCGCGAUGACUUUGGGUCUCUUGAUCGUGAAGGCGUCUUGGAAAGUCUUGACAGCUUACUGGACUAUUGUGCUGCUGAUGUGGCCAUCACCCACCGCGUUUAUCAAAUCGUCUUUCCAAACUUUUUGGAUACAUGCCCUCAUCCUGUGAGCUUUGCGGCACUGCGACAUCUGGCGUCCGUCAUCUUGCCAGUCAACAAAACCUGGGACGCAUACAUUUCUAAUGCCGAAGCAACCUAUCGUGAACUCUCCGACGCCGUGCAGGAACGGUUGGUCGGUCUCACCGAAAAGGCCCUGGAGAUCAAGGGUGACCCUGAACAAUGGGGUAACGAUCCAUGGAUGAAGCAGUUGGACUGGUCCGGUCAGGAAAUCAAAAUGGUCAAGGGAAAGAAGAAGAAUGAUCCUCCCCGGCCGGCUGCGAGACAGAAGAAACCCGGUAUGCCGCAAUGGUAUAAGGACCUGUUCCCAAAAAGCGACUCGCCAAUCAACCUUUCAGUACGAACUCGAAUCGCACCCCUGCUGCUGAAGAUGUCAUGGGAUAAUCACCCUUUGUUCUGGUCAGAGAAGUACGGCUGGACGUUCAGAGUGACCAAGGCCGAAGCAUCAAACUACGAGAAGAAGCAAAUGGUUGCAUGUGAUUUUUCAGACUCGGAAAAGGAUGCCGAAUUGCUCAAUGAUGGUGGCGUCUUCUUCAAACUACCUCACAAGGACGGCCCUCAGGCAAGGUGCGUCAACCCACUCGCCAAAGGAUAUCUCUCCUACUUCGAGAAUGGUACUCUGUCAUCUCAGUACCCGUACGCGAAGCAGGCUUUAGAGAUGAACGCUUCCUGCUCGUACUGGAUCAGUGCCCGCGAUCGUAUCAUGUCGCAGAUGGUGGUCUACGACGACGAUAUAUCUGGCAAGGUGGACUCCAAUGGAUUUAGCAAGAGCAAGGGAGGCAAGAAGUCCAAGGCUGUGGUAAAAGCGCCCGAAGAUGUCCAAGGCUACAUCCUGCCUCAAGUGAUACCUAUGGGCACCAUCACGAGAAGAGCGGUUGAGAACACGUGGCUCACCGCAAGCAACGCGAAGAAGAACAGAGUUGGUUCUGAGCUAAAGGCAAUGGUCAAGGCGCCACCAGGUUAUAGCUUUGUUGGUGCUGAUGUCGACUCGGAGGAGCUGUGGAUCGCAAGUUUGGUCGGAGAUGCGACGUUUAAACUCCACGGUGGAAAUGCAAUCGGUUUCAUGACGCUGGAGGGCACAAAGGCCGCCGGGACAGAUUUGCAUUCCCGGACGGCAAGCAUCCUGGGUAUCACGAGAAACGACGCCAAGGUUUUCAACUACGGUCGUAUUUACGGUGCUGGGUUGAAGUUUGCCGGCCAGCUGCUCCGACAGUUUAACCCCAACCUGUCCGAAAAGGAGACGAACGAGACAGCAGCCAGACUGUACGCCAAGACGAAGGGCACAAAGACCAACAGGUCGGUCCUGAGCAAACGACCGUUCUGGCGUGGCGGAACGGAGUCAUUUGUGUUCAACAAACUGGAAGAGUUCGCCGCACAGGAACGGCCGAGAACGUUCGUGCUUGGAGCAGGCAUUACCGAGGCGUUGAUGCGCCGUUACAUCAACCAGAACGGUUAUCUCACAUCGCGCAUUAACUGGGCCAUCCAGUCCUCCGGUGUGGACUACCUCCACCUCCUCAUCGUCGGCAUGGAUUAUCUGACGCGACGCUUCAAUAUCGACGCUCGUCUCGCCAUCACCGUCCACGACGAGAUUCGAUACCUUGUCAAGGACCACGACAAGUACAGGGCGGCCAUGGCGCUUCAGGUGGCGAACCUGUGGACCAGAGCCAUGUUUGCACAGCAGGUGGGCAUCAACGACCUGCCACAGUCUUGUGCAUACUUUUCGGCCAUCGACAUCGAUCACGUCCUCCGUAAGGAGGUCGACAUGGAUUGCGUCACGCCGAGCCACAAAGACCCCAUACCACCAGGCGAAAGUCUCGACAUUGUCGCACUCCUCGCCAAGGGUGCUGAGGCGCGUCUCGACCCCUCGAUCGUGCCGGACCCGUCACAUGCACCGAAGCUCAACGGCAUCAAAUACACCCCACGCACACCGGUUAUGGAAACCCUCGAGGGAUCGGCGUCUACUGAUCCUUACCUCCUCAAGGCGCAAAUUGUCAGCACCGAGCUGGAGCUGAGCAACGUGCUCAAGGAGAGGAGAGCGGCGCUCAAGGAGCAAGAGGAGAAGAAGCCACGCGCCACCAAGAAGAAGGAGCGUAGCGUCUUGCCGUACCAAUCGGAUGCUGUGCUGAUGCCCGUGGAGACCAUGACGGUGGCAGAUGCACUGGGCAAUAAGUUUAGCACAAAGUUUGCGGCGAAAAGCAGCAAGUUCCCUUGGCAGAAGGAAAAGGGCCGAUGGUCUGGACCAAGCUCAAGAAUCUAG